GAGCGGCGGAGGGGGCGCUCGAGCCACGUCGGUGAGACAAAUCAACGCUUGAAGCAGAUUACGAAGCGGGUGAGUGACUAAUUACGACGACUGCUGCGUUUUCUUCCGACCGCACAGACAUUAGAGCGCGGAGCGCAGAGAUCCACGCACGACUGCGUGUCCUGCUGAUGCGGGUAGGUCCCUGCUGCUCAUCCGGGAGCAGGAGAUCCAGGGCCAUGUCGACCCCAGAUCCCCCCAUGGGAGGAACCCCACGCCCGGGUCCUUCCCCUGGUCCAGGUCCCUCCCCUGGUGCAAUGCUGGGCCCCAGCCCCGGGCCCUCUCCGGGCUCCUCUCACAGUAUGAUGGGCCCCAGCCCCGGCCCUCCUUCCUCUGGACACCCCCAGCCGGGCCCCUCCGGAUACGGGCAGGACAACAUGCACCCUCUGCACAAACCUCUGGAGAGCAUGCACGAGAAGACCAUGAGCGAGGAGAGUCGCUUCAGUCAGAUGAAGAGUCUGUCCAUGAGGCAGGGCGGGCACAGCGGGAUGGGCCCCCCGCCGAGCCCGCUGGACCAACACUCGCAAGGUUAUCACUCUCCAUUGGGUGGAUCUGACCACUCCAGCCCCGUCCCUUCAAACGGUCCUCCCUCAGGACCUCUUAUGCCAUCAUCCUCUUCUUCCUCCUCCUCUGGUGGACCCGGUUCUGCCUCGACACCUUUAGAUGGCCCCAGUGGAGAUCAACACUCUCUAGGUCCCAGUAACCGGCCUGGGCCUCCAGGUAGCUCCGGCCCAGGCCCCAGCCCUGGACCCAGUCUUUCCUCCAGUGUCCCCAGCCUUGGAUCUGGGCUUGAAUCUGUAGGGCCUACAGGCCCUGGAGGUCCAGGCGGCCCUGGUGGCCCUACACCCUUCAACCAGAACCAGCUACACCAACUCAGAGCCCAGAUCAUGGCUUAUAAGAUGCUGGCCCGGGGACAGCCCCUCCCAGACCACCUCCAGAUGGCUGUCCAAGGGAAGAGGCCGAUGCCUGGGAUGCAGCAGCAGCAGCCCAUGCCCAGCCUGGCUCCUGGAGCUGGAGGAGGACCAGGGGGUGGACCAGUAGGACCAGGACCAGGACCUGGGCCAAUGGGCUCAGGUUACAGUCGAGCUCAUGGAAUGAUGGGUCCCAACAUGCCUCCUCCAGGCCCAUCAGGUACUCCAGCUGGGAUGCAGGGACAAAACCCAAACGGACCUCCCAAGUCCUGGCCUGAAGGCCCCAUGGUGAAUGCAGCCGCCCCCUCCAACGCGCCCCAAAAGCUGAUUCCCCCUCAGCCCACCGGCCGGCCCUCUCCCGCCCCUCCGUCAGUUCCUCCUGCUGCCUCUCCGGUGAUGCCUCCACAGACCCAAUCCCCCGGCCAGCCGGCGCAGCCGACUCCCAUGAUGCCUUACCACGCCAAGCAGAACCGCAUCACCCCCAUUCAGAAACCGUGCGGCCUCGAUCCUGUCGAGAUUCUGCAGGAGAGAGAGUUCAGGUUACAGGCUCGGAUCACUCAUCGUAUCACUGAACUGGAGAACCUGCCGGGCUCCCUGGCUGGUGAUUUACGUACCAAAGCUACCAUAGAGCUCAAAGCCCUCCGACUGUUGAACUUCCAGAGACAGCUGCGUCAGGAGGUGGUGGUGUGUAUGCGUCGUGACACGGCUCUGGAGACCGCCCUUGACGCCAAGGCCUACAAGCGAAGCAAGCGCCAGUCCCUGCGAGAGGCCCGCAUCACGGAGAAGCUGGAGAAACAGCAGAAGAUUGAGCAAGAGCGCAAACGCAGGCAGAAGCAUCAGGAGUACCUCAACAGCAUCCUGCAGCACGCCAAAGACUUCAAGGAGUACCACCGCUCCAUCACGGGCAAAAUGCAGAAACUGACCAAAGCCGUGGCGACCUACCACGCCAACACUGAGCGCGAGCAGAAGAAAGAGAACGAGCGCAUUGAGAAAGAGAGGAUGAGGAGGCUCAUGGCCGAGGAUGAGGAGGGCUAUCGGAAACUGAUUGACCAGAAGAAGGACAAGCGCCUGGCGUACCUGCUGCAGCAGACCGACGAGUACGUCGCCAACCUCACCGAGCUGGUCCGAGCGCACAAAGCUGCUCAGGCUCUCAAGGAGAAGAAGAAGAAGAAGAAGAGAAAGAAGAAGAUGGAGAUCGCUGAAGGUCAGACUCCUGCCAUGGGUCCUGAUGGAGAGCCUCUGGAUGAGACGAGUCAGAUGAGCGACCUGCCCGUGAAGGUCAUCCACGUGGACAGCGGGAACAUCCUGACGGGAGUGGACGCUCCCAAAGCCGGACAGCUGGACACCUGGCUGGAGAUGAACCCGGGUUAUGAGGUGGCUCCCCGCUCCGACAGUGAAGACAGCGAGGAGGAGGAAGAGGAGGAGGAGGAAGAGGAGGAGCCUCAGCCGUCCUCGACCCCGGUGGAGGAAAAGAAGAAGAUUACAGACCCGGACAGCGAAGACGUGUCGGAGGUGGACGUCCGUCACAUCAUCGAAAACGCUAAACAGGACGUGGACGAUGAGUACAGCGGCGCGGCGUUUGCCCGAGGCCUCCAGUCGUAUUAUUCUGUGGCUCACGCCGUCACGGAGAAGGUGGAGAAACAGUCCACUUUGUUAAUAAACGGACAGCUGAAACAGUAUCAGAUUAAAGGUCUGGAGUGGCUGGUUUCCCUAUACAACAAUAACCUGAACGGGAUCUUGGCGGAUGAGAUGGGUUUGGGAAAAACCAUCCAGACCAUCGCCCUCAUCACGUACCUCAUGGAGCACAAACGGCUCAACGGACCCUACCUCAUCAUCGUACCCCUCUCGACUCUUUCUAACUGGGUGUAUGAGUUCGACAAGUGGGCACCGACCGUCGUCAAAGUUUCCUACAAGGGCUCUCCUGCUGCCAGACGAGCGUUCGUCCCUCAGCUGCGCAGCGGAAAGUUUAACGUGUUGCUCACCACGUACGAGUACAUCAUCAAGGACAAACAAGUGCUGGCCAAGAUUCGUUGGAAGUACAUGAUCGUGGACGAAGGCCACCGCAUGAAGAACCACCACUGUAAGCUGACCCAGGUCCUGAACACGCACUACCUGGCCCCGCGGCGAGUGCUGCUGACAGGAACGCCGCUGCAAAACAAACUUCCCGAGCUCUGGGCGUUGCUCAACUUCCUCCUGCCGACCAUCUUCAAGAGCUGCAGCACCUUCGAGCAGUGGUUCAACGCCCCGUUCGCCAUGACUGGAGAGAAGGUGGACCUCAACGAAGAGGAGACCAUCUUGAUCAUCCGCCGCCUCCACAAAGUGCUACGCCCCUUCCUGUUACGCAGGUUAAAGAAGGAAGUGGAGGCGCAGCUUCCAGAGAAGGUGGAGUACGUGAUCAAGUGUGACAUGUCGUCUCUUCAGAGAGUUUUGUACAGGCACAUGCAGGCCAAGGGCGUCCUGCUGACUGACGGGUCCGAGAAGGACAAGAAGGGCAAAGGAGGCACGAAGACGCUGAUGAACACCAUCAUGCAGCUGAGGAAGAUCUGCAACCACCCGUACAUGUUCCAGCAAAUCGAGGAAUCCUUCUCUGAGCAUUUAGGAUUCUCUGGUGGGAUAGUCCAGGGUCCUGACCUGUAUCGGGCGUCAGGGAAGUUCGAGGUGUUGGAUCGAAUCCUCCCGAAGCUGAGAGUCACGAACCACAAAGUGCUGCUGUUCUGUCAGAUGACCUCGCUCAUGACCAUCAUGGAGGACUACUUCGCCUAUCGCAGCUUCAAGUACCUGCGUCUGGACGGCACCACCAAGGCGGAGGAUCGAGGGAUGCUGCUGAAGACGUUCAAUGACCCGGGGUCAGAAUACUUCAUCUUCCUCCUGAGCACGAGAGCCGGAGGCCUCGGCCUCAACCUUCAGUCCGCCGACACGGUGGUGAUUUUUGACUCUGACUGGAACCCGCAUCAGGACCUGCAAGCUCAGGACCGGGCGCACCGCAUCGGUCAGCAGAACGAGGUGCGUGUGUUGCGUCUCUGCACUGUCAAUAGUGUGGAGGAAAAAAUCUUGGCCGCUGCCAAGUACAAACUGAACGUGGACCAGAAGGUCAUCCAGGCCGGCAUGUUCGACCAGAAGUCUUCGAGCCACGAGCGCAGGGCCUUCCUGCAGGCCAUUCUGGAGCACGAGGAGCAAGACGAGGUCUGGGGUCAGGAAGUGUGUCUACGCAUUAAUGAGGAGGACGAGGUGCCGGACGACGAGACAGUCAACCAGAUGAUCGCCCGGAGCGAGGAGGAGUUUGACCAGUUCAUGCGUAUGGACCUAGACCGGCGUCGCGAGGACGCCCGUAACCCGCGACGAAAGCCUCGUCUGAUGGAGGAGGACGAGCUUCCCACCUGGAUCAUGAAGGACGACGCUGAGGUGGAACGUCUGACCUGCGAGGAGGAGGAGGAGAAAAUGUUUGGACGAGGCUCUCGGCAGCGAAAGGAGGUGGACUACAGCGACUCACUGACCGAGAAGCAGUGGCUCAAGGCGAUAGAGGAGGGCACGCUGGAGGAGGUGGAAGAGGAGGUACGUCACAAAAAGACGACCCGCAAGAGGAAGCGGGACCGGGACCUGGAUCUACCCGGUCCCUCCUCUUCUUUAGGAGGACGAGGGCGAGGAGACAAAGAUGAAGACGGGAAGAGGCAGAGAAAGAGGGGACGACCGCCGGCUGAGAAACUCUCCCCGAACCCGCCCGCCCUCACGAAGAAGAUGAAGAAGAUCGUGGACGCCGUCAUCAAAUAUAAAGACAGUGCCAGCGGGCGUCAGCUGAGCGAGGUGUUCAUCCAGCUGCCGUCUCGGAAAGAGCUGCCAGAGUACUACGAGCUGAUCCGCAAGCCGGUGGACUUCAGGAAGAUCAAGGAGAGGAUUCGAGGUCAUCGCUAUCGCAGCCUGGGUGACCUGGAGAGAGACGUCAUGCUGCUCUUCCAAAACGCUCAGACCUUCAACCUGGAGGGAUCGCUGAUAUACGAAGACUCCAUCGUCCUCCAGUCUGUGUUCACCAGUCUGAGGCAAAAGAUCGAGAAGGAGGAAGAAAGUGAUGGAGAGGAGAGCGAGGAAGAGGAAGAGGAUCCGGAGGAAGGAUCAGAGUCUGAAACUCGCUCAGUGAAGGUGAAGAUCCGUCUGGGGAGGAAGGACAAAGGCGGAGAUCGAGGAAAAGGACGCAGCAGACGAACGGGACGCACCCGAGCCAAACCCGUCGUUAGCGACGACGACUCUGAGGACGAGCAGGAAGAGGAGCGCUCGCCGAGUGCCACUGAUGAGGAGUCCUGAACUGCACCGCGGGACAGGCGGACUAAAGCACAUAGAGCAUAGAGAGUGAACACAACUCCAUCCACCCUCAGUCAAAUGUCACAGGGCAGAAAUAGAUCGGAGGUUUGUGAUACUGUCGAUAUGGAAGCAGAUUAAUGUUUGACUAGUCAUAAAGACGUCACAUGGAAACACAGGCGUAAAAUACACAAAUUAAUUGGACCAUGAACGUCGCACACAGAGCGAUCGAAUGAGCGUUUUAAACACACAACAACCACAAACACACACUGUGCAGUCGAGUCUUAAUUUAAUUUAAUGCCUAUUUCAUUAAUUAUAUAAAUAAUUUUAAACAAACAGACAAUUUUAACCAGCUCAACUUUAAGUCCCCCUAUUUACCAUUUCUAAACAUGAAAUAAACGUUUAAUAAAUGUUUGAUAACGUGCUAAAAGGACAUUUUAAUGUACAGGCUGAGUGACCACAGGAGGACCAACCUGCUAAUAACUCUGUAAUAAACCGUGUGUCAACAAUAAAACGUUUAUUUACGGCUAUUAAAGGUCCAGUGUGUCAGAUUUAUGGAGCGCUGUAUGGAUUAACAUUGCAGAAAUGUAAUAUAAUAUUCAUAAUUCUGUGUUUAAACAGCUGGAAAUUAGACUUUUAUAUCUGCAGACUGCAGGUCCUCUUGCAACAGAGUCAGCCGUGUUUCUACAGUAGCCCCGUACGGACAAGUUAAAUACUUUUUUUCGCAUGUUUUUGUGGCCACCGUACUUUCACCUUCAUGUUAGGAAGGAGAGGAUGAGGCGAGGGGGUGUUGCAAUCAGCAACUACGCCACUAGAUGCCGCUAAAUCUGCACACUGGACCUUUAAAUGCUAAAUAGGAAUCGCAGUCAGAAACAAGUCCUCGGCUGACCUGAGGGCUCAGAACAGGCCGGAUCCAGUAAAGUGAAGUCAACAACACUGAGUGUAAACAGAAAGUGUUUUCCAGACGGAGCCGUGAAGCUCCCACCUUCACCUUCACCUUCCCUCUGGACGUGACGCGUAAACAAACCUGCUGCUGCUUCACUGUGACCACGUGUCGUAAGAACAUUCAGCCUCUUUGGAGCCACUGUGAUUACCAAGGUGUGUGUAUGUGUGUGUGUGUGUGUGGACAUCACCGCGUGUCCGCGGGUGUUUCCAGACUUCUCCGAAGCUCUUGAGUAAUCCACCACAGUUAUUUGACUGAGGUUUAAUGGAGUUGAGUCCAUGUUGUGUGUGUAUAUGGUAAUAAUAUGGAGGAUGAAAAACAACCUACUCCAACUUGCUGCUGCGUUACACUUCCAAUAUAAGCACUUAUAACUGCUGAUUGUACACUUAUGGACGAGUACUGUAAUUUGAAUUGCUUCUCCUUCAGUUGUGUGGUGAUUUUAGGAUUUCAUAUCAUGUUCGAUGUACUUUGCACUUUUUAUGUUUCUUUUAAGACAAAGGACCAGAGGGACGGCAGCUCCUCUCUGCUUGUGAAUGCCUCACGGCUGCACGGUGUUGGAUAUAAACUGUAUAGAGUAUUUUCUAGAGUAUAAUGUGAAUGCACGUGUGUACAGCUCGCAAGUUUCAGUACUGUACUUUCUUUUUUUUCGUUAUGGUAGGUAUCUAGAGUGAAGAACAUCCAACCAAAGCAUUGACAUUUUCUCCACUAACUUAUUGGGAUCUGUCUGUGGUGUCGCUGUUGUGUCAUUGUCGCUGGAACUCAAAACGUAACAAUAAAUCACAGCUGAAGUGA